UAAAGCACAUCACAAAUUUUGGGUCCCAAUUUUUUCCCUCGAAGUUUCCAUUUUCGAGUAAAACACAGUUCCUCAUCAAUGGCAUCUCGCCGCCGCAUGUUAUUGAAGGUCAUAAUCCUCGGAGAUAGCGGGGUUGGUAAAACAUCACUGAUGAAUCAGUAUGUGAAUCGUAAGUUUAGUAAUCAGUAUAAGGCUACCAUUGGUGCGGAUUUUCUUACCAAGGAAGUUCAAUUUGAAGAUAGGUUGUUCACGUUGCAGAUUUGGGAUACUGCUGGUCAAGAGCGGUUUCAAAGUCUUGGCGUGGCUUUUUACCGGGGUGCAGACUGUUGUGUCCUUGUUUAUGAUGUAAAUGUGAUGAAAUCUUUUGAUAACCUUAACCACUGGCGAGAAGAAUUUCUUAUUCAGGCUAGUCCAUCUGAUCCUGAAAAUUUCCCAUUUGUUGUCUUGGGAAACAAAAUAGAUGUUGACGGUGGAAAUAGCAGAGUUAUUUCUGAGAAGAAAGCUAAGGCAUGGUGUGCUUCAAAGGGAAACAUACCAUACUUUGAGACCUCUGCAAAAGAAGGAUUUAAUGUUGAAGCUGCUUUCCAGUGCAUAGCAAAAAAUGCACUCAAGAAUGAACCUGAAGAAGAAAUGUACCUGCCUGACACAAUUGAUGUUGGUGGUGGUGGAAGACAGCAGAGAUCUACGGGCUGUGAAUGUUGAGUGGAGAGUUGUGUGAACCAGCUUUACUUGCUUGUAUGAUGCCAAUAUUCAAGCGCCUCUCAUUGAUUACU